AUGGCGGGGAGGGGGCUGGGGGCGGCCGGCGGCCCCUCCGGCGGUGGCGGGAAAAGAGCGGCGGGACACGUGCCGCGACCCAUGUACGAGCCCAUCAACACCUCAGCCCCGUCCAAGACGGACCUGGAGUUGGACGCCAAGCUGGAGGCGUUCAUGCGGGACAAUGUGCCGGUGAUGACGAGCGUCGAUCUGCGGAGGAGGGAGCAAGUGCUGGGGAAGAUUCGGGCCAUGUUUCUUCAGUGGGUAAUCGAUUCGGCCCUGGAGGCAGGCAUGUCGGAAGAAGCGGCAAAGGCUGCCGGAGGAAAGAUCUACACCUCCGGCUCUUACCGCCUCCGAAUACACGAGCCCAACUCCGACAUCGACGCUAUCUGCGUGGCUCCGCAGUUUUGCACAUCAGAGCUUUUCUUCACGACCCUGAAGGAGAGGCUCAUCGCCCACCCGCUUGUGGCGAACGUGAACGCCAUCCAGACCGCAGCGGUACCCAUCAUCGAGCUGGUGUUCGACGAGAUCGACAUCGACUUGGGCCUUGCCUGCUUGCCGGUGCCAACCGUGCCUCCAACCCUCGAUAUCGACGACGAUCAGGUUCCGAACUACGAUUCGUUCCUCCCGGUGGUGAGGUGCGUCCGGAGGUGGGCCAAAUCCAGGGGUUUGUACAGCAACAAGAUGGGAUACUUGGGAGGGGUGAACUUCAACAUCAUGGUGGCCUUCGCUUGUCAGAUGUACCCGAACGCCGGCCCGUCGACCCUUCUGCAUCGUUUCUUCAAGCUCAUGGCCGGUUGGAACUGGCCCAACGCCAUCCAGCUCGUGCAGCCCUACGACGCUGAGCUUGGGCUGGAGGUGUGGAACGCCCGAGCGAACAGCUGGCACUGCAUGCCCAUCAUCACCCCCGCGUACCCCGUGAUGAACUCCUCGGCAAACGUGUCCAGGUUCACGCUCGAUGUCAUGACCUCGGAGUUCUCAAGGGGUCUCGAGGUUGUAAACGGCAUCAUGAAAGAGAAGGGCUCUCUUUCGGCGUUCUCUAAGCUUUUUGAGCCCUCGGAUUUCUUCCUCAGGUACAACCACUACUUGGCCGUGGACAUGAUGGCGAGCAGCGAGGACGAGCACAGGGCCUGGGUCGGCUGGGUCGAAUCACGCCUACGAAAGGUGACCAACCGGUUCCGCAUGGAGUCUGUGGGGCACGCGACUUCCAGGGGUUUCCACAGGCCCGGGAUGGAUGUCAUGGCCACUGCCAAAUCUUGGAAGGCAACCAAGACCGGAGGCCCCGCGGUCAAGAAAGAAGACGCCGCCACCCCCACCGUAUCGCCGCCAACGCCGGUGGAGGCGGAGGCGGAGGCGGUGUCGGUAAAACCGGAAGCUGUGCUGGAAGGGGACUUGGACGACGAAGGCGCGACGAAGCUUGUUCUUAGUGGGGCAAGGGCGGCUUUGCCCGGCCAGAAGCGGAAGCGAGCCGUGGACGUGGUGGACCUGGUCGAUCUCGCACCCGUGGUGCCAUCCUGGAAGAACCGGCCCGGUCUGCCACCGCCGCCGCCGCCGUCGAGAAGGGGGGGCGGCAUGAAGCGCUUAACAGUGCAGCUGCUGCCCCACGCGGGGGGGGCUUCAUGA